GCUUCUACCCCUGUACACUGCCUUCCCUUAAUUUUAUUUCUAUCUGUCUCCUCCAUAACCAAAGGCUAAAAAUGGGUUGCAAGCCAUCUGAAAAUAAACCAAAAGUUAAGCACAGGAAGGGAUUAUGGUCACCCGAGGAAGAUUUGAAGCUCAGAAACUAUGUCCUCAAACACGGCCAUGGUUGCUGGACCUCUGUUCCCGUCAAUGCAGGAUUGCAGAGGAAUGGGAAGAGCUGUAGAUUAAGGUGGAUUAAUUACUUGAGGCCGGGGUUAAAGCGGGGGGCUUUUACACCGCAAGAGGAGGAGACGAUCCUCACCCUUCAUCAUUUGUUAGGCAACAAGUGGUCCCAAAUUGCACAAAACUUGCCCGGAAGAACCGAUAACGAGAUCAAGAACCACUGGCACUCGUAUCUGAAGAAGAGGUUUGCGAAAGCCGAAGAAGCCGAAUCCCAGGCCACCAGGAGUCAAUGCACAACUUCAAGCUCGGAAAACAAAGAAUCUGCAUCGUCUCCUCGAAAUCCCUUGGACCAAACGCCAGGCUAUGCACCAGACAAUCACACGGAACAAUCCUUGGUAAAUACUCAUCAAGCCAUUCCACAACAUUUCGACUUCUCCAGAGACCCUCGAAGAAACCAGGUUCCGCCGAACCUUUUAUUCGCGGAGUGGCUAUCGCCGGAUCAAGAGGUUGGGAGCUUCGCAAAUUCAAGUGAGCCUGUGGCUGCCCCCGACGGAUUUAACCACUGUCCGAGUUCGGACUUCCAGGAUCCAUUCGUGAACUCGUAUUUGUUAAGCGGAGGAGCAUAUGGCGAUGAUCUUCAUCAUGGAUUAAGCAAUACAUUUAGCUCACAAUUCAAGUUCGAUACCCAAAUUUCCGAAGACGAAUUUGUUGGUUCUUUAUCCAAUAUAUGCACCGAUUUCGAUAUGAACAAGGAUUUAAUAUACAUAUGAAAAACCUGGGGAAAGAAAGUUACUUCCUUUCAUUGUAUAGAGAU